AUGUCUCGACGACUUUCGGAAGCUACAGAAGACGCUCUCCUCGAAGGCGGACGCGCUGGACGGAAAGCCGUUGAAGAAGCCGGGUUUUCAGAAGAAUUAAAGCAAAAGCUACUUGAAAAAGUAGCAGCAUCCAGCUUCCGAUCCGAGAGUGCCUCUGCUUUCGCAGAAGCAGAAAUGACCUCCAAUGUCGGUCGUGGAUCUAGAGACAUUGCGGCAAGUCAAGCAUGGACAGGGUCUGAGGCUCCGGAGGAUACAAUGCUGCGAAUGCUUGAUGAUGCGAGGAAACCUUCGAAGCCUGGACUUAGAGGAGCUGCCAAAAUCCCGAGUCCGGUGGUGGAUAUGAGGUUGAGGAGGGAGCCGAAGGCGAGGCCGGGACAGAGGUUGGCGAAUGCGAGAGAUAAGACGAGUAUUUAUGCUAUUUCGAAAGAUAUGAAUAUGUCGGAAAAGGAGAGAGAGGCUAUGAGGAAGGAAUUAAAGGAGAGGUUUACUCCUGCAGCGAGGGCGAUGCCUACUUCUUUCAGUGGGUUGGCUGCUUUGGCUAAUGAGCGGAUUGAGGAUGCUAUUGCUAGAGGGCAGUUCAAAAAUAUACCCAGAGGCAAGAAAAUAGAAAGAGAUACCAGAGCCGACAAUCCAUUCAUAGAUACCACAGAAUACAUCAUGAACAAGAUGAUUCAGCGGCAAGAGAUCGUUCCACCAUGGAUCGAGAAACAACAAGAGCUUGUCAAAGCUACGAAUGUAUUUCGAGCACGAUUGAGGAAUGAUUGGAAACGCCAUGCUGCAAGGACGAUUGCAAGUCGAGGAGGCAGUUUACAAGAGCAAAUGAGGACUGCAGACAGAUACGCUGAAGCGGAAAGGAUGUACAAUCCGAAGAAGAGAGCCGUGGAACAAAUUUCAGUCCCUACCAAUGCGACUUCGGAUCCAGUCAUGGUCAGCAUUAUUCAAGACGUCCCAACAUCGAAAUCAGACAGCCCAGUGAUCAAAGUUGCCGUGGAAAACAAGGACGAAAAGGUGGUACUCGCUGAAGCAAGUGUCCAAGACUCAACGACAGUUACCCCACCUGAAAGUCAAGCAGAGGUUCGACCAGAAAGCGACGCAGAGGCAACUCCAGCUCCUUUGCCAGCACUAUUUCGCAUUCCUUCCUGGGAAGCAGCCGAACUUUCCUACCUUAAUCUCGCCAUCACCAAUCUCAACAGUCUAACUAGAUCCUACAAUCUCAUGGCUCCCGAAUUAGCCAAGAAGCCAUACUUCUCCCUUGACCGAGAGCUCAAGUCAUGCUAUGCAGAUGUUGCUCCUCAGCUAGCAGACGCUAUCAAGGAGCGGGCUGCUAGACCAGCGAAAGAUCUGGUGGAGAAGAUUGGACAUAGGCCUGGGAGUGUAUUGGAGAGAUUCUCUAGUGACACGGCGACUAUCUAUGAUUCAAAGAGGCCGCUGUAUGGGUUCAAGGAGUUUUGGAAUGAUUUGUGGUCGGAAAAGAGGGCUUGA